CAAGCACGCCUUUGAAAUUUUAAUAACAAAUAGUCUACCUACAGCGAUUAUUUUUCAAGCAAUUAAUUUGCUUUUAUUGUCAGUAGAUUUAUUGCGAGGUUUGAGUGCAUACGGAUUUUUAAUAGGAAUUGUUUCUGAAUAAAAGAAUUUGAUAUCCAGCAACAAUGUUUUUUCUGAAAUAUUCCAUGAUUUUAGUUGCUCUGUGGCUGAACUCUGCCAAAGGAACAAGCAUGGAAGCUUUUUUCCCUAAUGCCAAUCAAAAUCUCACAAAAAUAACUUGGGCGCAUGCAGUCAAUAAUCAGUCAUUAUUGGAAGAAACUUUAAAAAAUGAUGCAAUUAAUAUGAUCGAAGCUGACAUCCAAGUGGGUAUCAUUAACGACACUAAAACUCCUAUAAUGGCUCACGACCCAAACGUUACUUCCAAUUUAACUUUGCACAGCUUCUUGCAGCAAAUUAAAGACUCAAAUGCAAAUGCCGUAAGCAAUUCAACAAGAAAAGGAGCAAAAUUAGAUUUCAAAACAAUAGAGGCUUUUGAAAUAUCAAUCGAAAUCGUAAAGCAAUUCGACAAAGGUGGCUAUCCGAUUUGGAUCAAUGCAGACAUUAUAAAAGGUCCAAUAAAUGCCACCGCAAUUCCAGUAGAUCCAACCAGGUUUUUGGCAGGAGCUAAUCAAUUUUCAGAUUCCAUUUUGUCCAUUGGCUGGACUACUUUGUACGGGGCAAAUUGGACAGGAUCUUAUACCUCAGAACAAAUCCAAUUAAUGAUUAAUACUAUACACACAAGCAACAUAACUCAAGAGAUAACUUUUCCUGUUAGAGGAGGACUGGCGGCUCAAAGUAAAGAUUUACUCAUGAAUUUGACUGGUCAAAUUUCAGGUUCCACCUUGACUAUUUGGUCUAGCGAAGGCGACAAUGUGAAUGUUGACGAUUUGAGGCAAUUGAUAAAGGCUAUUGGUUUGAAUAGGACUUAUGUCGACGUACCUGAGGAUUUAUUGGCGAAGUUGCAUUUGGAGGAUUUGUCUAGUGGUUGUGGCACUAGCCAAAUGACACUACCGAUUUUUGUGGUGUGUUUGGUUCUGUGCUUGGGGAAUUUCUUCUGAGAAUCUGUUUUAAAGUAGUUUAAUGUUUUAGUGGUUCCUAAAAAUGUUGUAUUUUAUUUUAUUAUUUUUGUUUUGCAAUAGGCUUAGGUGCAAUAUUUAGUUUAUGUAUUGUGAAAAUUUUACCACUUUGUAUAUGUUCAUUUCCUUUAUUUUAAAUAAACAUUUAGGUUAAUAAUAA